AUGGGAUUCGGAGGCUUGCUGCAGCUUGGUUGUAAAGAAUUGCGUUAUGAGCUAAUAACGUGGAUAGUGGCCAGCUACGACAUUGGCUACCACCGCUUAUGCAUGGAUACAAGAGUUGCUGUCCCAGUCACGCCCAAAGAUGUUAGAGAGGUGCUAGGCAUCCCGGACGAUGGCGUUGACAUUCUCAUCUACAAUAGGCGUGGCACACCCAACCGCACAUACGACAUCAAAAUAUUGGAAGCUAAUUUGCGUGAUCUACCAGUUGGCGAAGAAUUCAUGAAAUCCUUCCUCAUUUUCGCAUGUGCCACUAUCCUUGCCCCCAACUCAAAACAAGAAGGUAUGCAUGACUUGUGGGACACGGUUUGGGAUAGUGAAGUGGGGGUGCGCAAAAAUUGGGCCAAGUUUGUUCUCCAAUAUGUCGAGGAUGGGAUAAGGGACUAUCGUACAAGCCACCCGACAUACAUUAGAGGUUGUGUCUUGUUUCUUCAGCUUUUCUAUAUCAGCAAGUUCUCUAUGCCGGCUUUCCAAGUUGAAGUCCGCAGUCCACUUUCGGCUGCAUGGACAGAUGAGCAAGUCAAGAGGCGCUUGGCUGCCGAAAUACACACCUAUGGCAAUUAUGGCCAUGUCCAGGUCAUACAGGAAAGCAAACCUUCUGCACAAAAUGAUGGACAUCCAUACGAGGCGGGUUCCUCACACUCUGAUGACCCAACUGAGACCAUUGAAGCUCGGCUGAGUCGGAAUUCUGAACAUCUUAUGAGCCUUGCUUCAUCUGUGGCACAAGACAUUGCCACACUACGUGCAAGGUCCAGUGGAGGACAAAGUGGGUGUGCACUCACCCCACCACAAGAAGCUGUGAAUGUAGAAAGAAAGAAAGACGAGGGAAGCACCGGUGUGCAUCCUUGUAGUGAUGAAAUGAUGAGAAAAGGAUCCGGUGCCGCAAGCACUCAUUCUGGCCAGCAAAGAGUCACCGAUGCAGCAGUAGAUGAUGGCCCAUGUAUUGACCACGACACAUUCCACCUUCACAAAAGAGUGCUGAUUGCAAUCACUUAA